ACUCACAAACUACAGUUAGAGCGAAACUCCGAGGUGCUCAGUUAGCCCGGAGGUCGGAGAUUAGAGGCUUUAUCUUGCAUAUGUUGACUGUAUUUUAUUUUUUGCGGCACGUCAACAACAACAUUUGCAGCUCUCGCCCUGAAGUGACGCCGUUCUCCGCCGUGAACGUGCGCUGUAAUGCAGGGAGAAGUCAUGGACUGACCGGCGUUGGCAUCUCACCUUCGGAGCCGUCAGGACGGCUCUGUGCGGCAGGAGCCGGACUCAGUUCUAAGCUGGCAGGCUUAGCGGGAGGUACCGAGCAUGGAUGAGACGGGCAGCAGGAACAGCAGCCUCCAGAGGAAGAAGCCCCCAUGGCUCAAACUGGACAUCCCAACCAUCCAGCUGACACCGGACGACACACCAGCAGUCACUCAGCCUGUGAAGCGCUUGCGCAGCGUCAGCAUGCCGGGCGAAAACCCUCAGACCUGCAUCGCAGCCUUGGAAACCUCCAACAACUACCUCAAACCUCCCAUGGAGAGAGUGCCCUCCUUCAGGCAGUCAAUCAAGAAUGAGAAAAGAGUGCACUUCGACCGCCUCAACACGGUUCCUCCAAAAGGCCAGAGGGGCCUAAGAAGGGUGUCAACCAGCAGAAGGCGGUCCUGCAUCCCCAAAAUACUGUCCAGACGGCGUUCGUCCAUACCCAAACAGAUCAUCAGGGGCACCGCUGACUGGUUCGGGGUGAGCAAAGACAACGACAGCACGCAGCGAUGGCGGAGGCGGAGCCUGCAGCACUGCAGCAAUCUGUACGGGGGUCUGAAGACGCAGGUGAUGAGAGAGAUGGAGCUACACAGCCAGGACAAUCUCUCCCUGGCCAGCACAGAGACCCCUCCUCCCCUGUACCUCCCACCCCACCACCCCAGUCACCACCAUCCCUAUGGCAUGCAGAGGGUCGUGGACCCCCUGGCCCGAGGCCGUACCUUUCGCAUGGCGGACGAGGUGGACGGCAUCAGCGGCCUGCAAACUCCUGUGACACCCGGCACCGCUUCCCUCGGCUCUUUUUCCAGUUCCCGCUCCGCCCUCAACCGGCUGCCCAGAAGACGGAAGCGGGACUCCGUCGCGGUCAUGAGUCUGAAGGCCGCAGCAGCGCUAAUGAAGGGUCGGACAUUAGUCGACAGCUCCGCUGGACGACGUCGUAGACGGAGUUUCAUACCUCCUAGUUUCUUUGAAGAAGACACUGUGGAUUUCCCUGAUGAGUUGGAUACGUCUUUCUUCGCCAGAGAUGGCCUGCCUGAAGAGUUGUCCAGCUUUGCAGACGACGUUUUCGAGACGCCGUCGGAGGCAGAACUCAAACAGCUGGAUGAGAGUGUGCUCACAGGAAGUGUUCUGGAUAAGAGCAAACUGGAGAGGAGCCAUCUCAUGCUGCCUUUAGAGAGAGGAUGGCGCAAGGCAAAAGAUGGCUGUAUGGUCCAACCUAAAGUCCGUCUGAAGCAGGAGGUGGUGAGCUGCAACGGCCAUCAGCAGCGGGGGCAAAGGAUUGUAGUUCCUGUGAAGAAGUUGUUUGCCAGAGAGAAGAGGCCGUACGGCCUGGGCAUGAUCGGCCGCCUGACCAACCGAACGUACCGCAAGCGCAUCGACAGCUACGUCAAGAAGCAGAUAGAGGACAUGGACGAUCACAGGCCUUUCUUUGCCUACUGGAUCACAUUUGUCCAUCUACUUAUCACCAUCCUGUCCGUCACCAUUUACGGCAUCGCCCCCAUCGGCUUCACACAACACGAGACCGUGGACUCUGUGUUGAGGAAUAAAGGAGUUUAUGAAAAUGUUAAGUUUGUGCAACAACAGAACUUCUGGCUGGGUCCAAGCUCGGAAGCACUAAUUCACCUAGGUGCAAAAUUUUCCCCUUGCAUGCGUCAAGAUGAAGAGAUCCACAAAUUAAUCCAUGAGAAGAAAGCGAGCGAGAGAGAAUCAGGCUGCUGCGUGAGAAACGACCGCUCCGGCUGCCUGCAGACUUUACAGGAGGAGUGUUCGAGUACCCUGGCAGUGUGGGUGAAGUGGCCUCAUCACCCCAGUGCUCCAUAUUUAAAUGGUAAACUACGUCAGCACGGUGCAGUCUGCCAUCAGGACCCUCGGAUUUGUCAGGAGCCAGCCUCAGUUUCACCUCAUGAGUGGUCCGACGACAUCACACAGUGGCCGAUUUGCACGAGGUACAACUUUGGGAACCACACCAACCUUCCCCACAUAGACUGCACCAUCACAGGCCGGCCCUGCUGCAUCGGCACCAAAGGACGAUGUGAAAUUACUUCCAGAGAGUACUGUGACUUCAUGCAAGGCUACUUCCACGAGGAAGCAACUCUUUGCUCACAGGUUGCUUGUAUGGAUGAUGUGUGCGGUUUGCUGCCUUUCCUCAACCCAGAGGUCCCAGAUCAGUUCUCCCGGCUGUGGCUGUCUCUGUUUCUUCAUGCUGGGAUCCUACACUGCUUGGUGUCUGUGUUAUUCCAGAUGACGGUGCUAAGAGACUUAGAAAAGCUGGCUGGCUGGCUGAGAAUCUCCAUCAUCUACAUGCUCAGUGGCAUCACUGGCAACUUGGCCUCUUCCAUCUUCCUUCCCUACAGAGCAGAGGUGGGUCCUGCAGGAAGCCAGUUCGGCAUCCUGGCCUGCCUGUUUGUGGAGCUGUUUCAGAGCUGGCAGAUCCUUGAGAGACCAUGGCGAGCAUUUGCUAAACUGCUGGCCAUCUCUGUCUUCUUCUUCUCCUUUGGCCUUCUUCCUUGGAUCGACAACUUCGCCCAUAUCUGUGGUUUCGUUUCGGGAUUCUUCCUGUCCUUUGCCUUCCUGCCGUACAUCAGUUUUGGGCACUCUGACUCGUUCCGAAAGCGAAUCCAGGUCUGUGUCUUCCUGCUCAUCUUCCUGGGUCUGGUCUCCGCUCUGGCCGUUCUGUUCUACGUCUACCCAAUAAAGUGUGACUGGUGCGAGUACCUCACCUGCAUCCCCAUCACGGACAAGUUCUGUGAGAAGUACGACCUAAAUGCACACCUCCUCUGACUAAGCUGGACUCUGUCGGGAGUUUGUUCUUGGUACUCCGGUACUAUUUAGGACUGAGCAGGAAAAUGUUUCCUGGAAUAACAGUCAGUAUUUUGUAUGAAGCCAUGACUGUGAAAGCCACAGGUGACCCCUCUGUGAAUUCAGGCUGUGCAUGAACACCUUACAUAAUCUAUUCAUGUGCAUGGGGAUAGAAGGAUCCAACUUGGAGUUCACUGAAAGGGACCAAUAAGUGAUCAUGUGAUCGAUCUUGAGCUGGGCUGACGAACAACCUGCCAUACUUUUGUAAAACCCACUUUGCAGAAUCCCAUGAGCCAAAAAGAACACAGUUGCGGUAAACCGACAGGGAUUUUUGUAUCAUACUUUUUUUGUAAUGUUCAAAACCAGUUUUGUUUUGCCCUGGAAGUCUUCAGAGUUCAACCCAUCAAGAAAAAAAGGCCUCAAAAUGCUGAACGUGCCUUGACUACACAGGCUAUGUCUCUUUGUGUGGUCUUGUGUGUGUGUUCAUCUUCUUACGUUAAAAUUGUUGUUUUUUUUCAAUAGUAUAAAAUACUUUUGUUUUAAAUGCAAUUUUUUAGUGGCUGCCUCAUGGUUUUGUGUGGUUUACUUCUCUGGAACUCCUCCUGCCUCAGCCUUUAAUGCAUCACAGUCACAAACGGAUUAUUUUUUAAAUGAAACUCUGUCACAACGAUUAAAAACAAAAAAAAAUCUGAGCAAUUGUGCAUAAUUGUCACAGAGGUGAAUUUGUAUGUGUGUUGUUUUUAUUAAAGGU